AUGAAGUUGGUGCUCCCAUUCUUCCUUGUUUCCGUUGUCCUUGCAGCGGACACGGGCAUCGGGUGCUUCUCCCAAGUUGACACGAGUAACUUCAAGGAGAAUGGCCAAUGGGAAACCUCCGACUCGUGUGCUAAGAGCUGCGGGUCACAGUACCCGUACGUGGCCAUCAAAAACGGUGGCAUGUGCUACUGUCUAUCCACCAGACCCUCCUCCAACCAGGUGUCUACGUCACAAUGUAGUACCCCGUGCAAUGGGUACGGAACCGUCAACUGCGGUGGGCAAAACGCGUUCACCGUCUUCAACGGUUUGGGCGAGGACACAGGUGCCAGUGCUGGGUCACUGGCGCUGCUGCUGUCCUCCUCCAGCACUUCCACGCUGACAAGUUCCACUGUGUCGGCCUCCACAAAUUCUCCUUCGACGAGUCAAGUGGCACAGUCCACAUCCCUGGACGAAGAACCGGCGCCAACAACGCUGUCUUCCAGUACAUCCUCAAGCUCCACGCACACCAGGGUGAUCACUUCCACCAAUCAAGACGGUGCCACAAAGACAAUCACCCAAAGCAUGCGUCCUACUUCUACAUCUUCCACAAAGGCAUCAUCUUCCGCUAGCCCUCAGCUGAAGAGCUCAUCCACAAAUGUUGGCGCCAUAGCCGGAGGCGUGGUUGGCGGAGUGGUUGGGCUAAUUGCUAUAUGUCUUGGUGUCUUCUUCUUUAUCCGCCACAGAAGAAAUGAUGAGAGUGAUGAAGAAGAGUUCUUUGAAAAGGGUUCGGGCUCUGGUGGUAUCUCUAGAGGCAACGGAACCGCCAAGUCGAAAAAGUUCAACUCUGCAUUUGACAUGCCUAUGGCCAACCCCUUCUCGGACGAGUUCGCUGACAAGAGAGCAUCCAAAAUGACCACCAACGGUUUGGCUGAUCCCAGACUUAAUCCUGCAAUUGUGGGACGCAAGCGACUCUCGGACGGAUCAUUAGCAGACGAAACUGACUAUUCGCGCAAGAUUCUAGCGGUGGCCAACCCUUGA